AUCCUGUGUCGCUCGCCAUCUUUGUGUCCUCCACCUGGCACUUUGCUUUCACACAGUAGGCACGUAGCGUUGAGGUCCCGGAAGGUUGUCAAGUAACCGGCCAGGAGCUUGAGGGCAGGACAUUGUCUCCGACACUUGAUUCAGUGCCUGGCACACAGGAGGUAUUCAAUUAUGCUGAAUGAAUGAGCAACCGGCUCGGUGGGGGACAGUAAACCCAACCCUAUUCUGCGAACGUUCGCUGAGCGGCAUCUAGGCCUCAGGGACCAAGUGUGUCGCGCGGUGCCAUACCGUGACCGGGACCUGUCAGUUCUAAUGUCCAGAUAUUGUAAUUCUAUGCUGUAACUCCUAUAUUUCCUCUUAAAACAAAAAGAGAAAUGUGGGUCGUGUUCGCUGUGGGUUCUCGUUAAGUGCAAGCAUACAGAAGCGCCGAGACCCCGCGCCUCGCCCUCGCCGCUUCCUCCACAGGAGCCGGGCGGAGCUCCCGGCGCGCCCCGGGGCUGCGCCGCCGCAAUCCUCAAGGGGUCGCUGUUCCCGCGAUAACCUCGAGAAAGGCUCCGCCCCGCGGCCCGCGCUUGUUUUUCCCUUGGGACCCGGGUCCACACGGCGGGGUCGCCCGUCCAUCUCCGGCUCGCCCGCGGGGCCCAUCGUCGACGUUAGCGGCCGUUCUCCAAGCCGACUGACCCAUCCUUGGCGCUGCCGCCGCGCGCUUGUUCUCCUCCCUCGCCCCGCCUUCAUCCUCCCCGUUCACGGAAACGACAGCUGCGGCUGCGGGGCUGGCGCCGCCUCCCUCCACCUACCACGUCUGCCCUCGCCGCUCUAGCCCUGCGCCCCAGCCCGGCCGCGGCGCCUCCGCCUCGCCGCCGCUAGGUCAGCCGGCUCCGCCCGGCUGCCGCCUAGGAUGAAUAUCAUGGACUUCAACGUGAAGAAGCUGGCGGCCGACGCAGGCACCUUCCUCAGUCGCGCCGUGCAGUUCACAGAAGAAAAGCUUGGCCAGGCUGAGAAGACAGAAUUGGAUGCUCACUUAGAGAACCUCCUUAGCAAAGCUGAAUGUACCAAAAUAUGGACAGAAAAAAUAAUGAAACAAACUGAAGUGUUAUUGCAGCCAAAUCCAAAUGCCAGGAUAGAAGAAUUUGUUUAUGAGAAACUGGAUAGAAAAGCUCCAAGUCGUAUAAACAACCCAGAACUUUUGGGACAAUAUAUGAUUGAUGCAGGGACUGAGUUUGGCCCAGGAACAGCUUAUGGUAAUGCCCUUAUUAAAUGUGGAGAAACCCAAAAAAGAAUUGGAACAGCAGACAGAGAACUGAUUCAAACGUCAGCCUUAAAUUUUCUUACUCCUUUAAGAAACUUUAUAGAAGGAGAUUACAAAACAAUUGCUAAAGAAAGGAAACUAUUGCAAAAUAAGAGACUGGAUUUGGAUGCUGCAAAAACGAGACUAAAAAAGGCAAAAGCUGCAGAAACUAGAAAUUCAUCUGAACAGGAAUUAAGAAUAACUCAAAGUGAAUUUGAUCGUCAAGCAGAGAUUACCAGACUUCUGCUAGAGGGAAUCAGCAGUACACAUGCCCAUCACCUUCGCUGUCUGAAUGACUUUGUAGAAGCCCAGAUGACUUACUACGCACAGUGUUACCAGUAUAUGUUGGACCUCCAGAAACAACUGGGAAGUUUUCCAUCCAAUUAUCUUAGUAACAACAAUCAGACUUCUGUGACACCUGUACCAUCAGUUUUGCCAAAUGCGAUUGGUUCUUCUGCCAUGGCUUCAACAAGUGGCCUAGUAAUCACCUCUCCUUCCAACCUCAGUGACCUUAAGGAGUGUAGUGGCAGCAGAAAGGCCAGGGUUCUCUAUGAUUAUGAUGCAGCAAACAGUACUGAAUUAUCACUUCUGGCAGAUGAGGUGAUCACUGUGUUCAGUGUUGUUGGAAUGGAUUCAGACUGGCUAAUGGGGGAAAGGGGAAACCAGAAGGGCAAGGUGCCAAUUACCUACUUAGAACUGCUCAAUUAAAUAGGUGGACUAUGGAAAGGUUGCCCAUCAUGACAUUGUAUUUAUAUACAAUUAACUCUAAAUAAAGCAGGUUAAGUAUCUUCCAUGUUAAUGUGUUAAGAGACUGAAAAUACCAGCCAUCAGAAACUGGCCUUUCUGCCAAUAAAGUUGCAUGGUAAAUAUUUCAUUACAGAAUUUAUGUUAGAGCUUUCAUGCCAAGAAUGUUUUCUUACAAAAUUCUCUUUUUAUUGAGGUUUCACUAAUAAGCAGCUUCUACUUUUGAGCCUCAACUUAAAGCAGAACUGUUUUCUACUGGAUUUUUCAUUAACAGCAAGCUUUUUCUUUUAUGUAAAAUAAAUCUAUUGUGAAUUGA